AUGUCCAAACUGUGGAAAACGGUCGUCUUCAGUUUGUUCAUUCGCUCGAUUCUUCCGUAUGAACUCGAAAACUUCGAUCAGAACUUGGUUUAAUGUUUUUCUCAAUUUUUGGCAAAAAUAUCACACAACUUCAAAAAGCUGGAUGUUUCAAAGCAUACUGAACUUUUCGAAAAAGCAUAGUCGAAAAUUGGUCUCACUGAGAAUAUUUUAAGUCAUCUAUGAUUUUUUUUUUUCCUUAUCUAGGAUGAAAUAUUUGAUGGUACGACAAAAUCUCAAGUCCGCAAAUCUCGAGGACCGUAAUCUUGUGUACGCAGAUCUAAAGUCCCAUAAUCUUGGAAACCACAAUCUUGGAAAGCAAAAAUCUUCCUUUUUAGUCUUCUUUAUUGCACUUUAUCUACUUAUAUUCUCUUGUUUGGAUCACCGAAUACAAUUUCUGAUAAAAUCUAUUCCACAGUGUUCCCAAACGAGCGGCAGCUGUGGUCAGUAGGCGUGGCUAACUGCAACAGCGGCACGGUUUAUUGCAAUAGGGGCGCGGGGAUGAGAGUCAAGUUUUGUGGAUUUAGUGGUUGGAAAAAGACCAUUAAAUGAUGUUUUUCCUAGGUUCUCGCAAGUUUUCGAAGAUUUUUAAUGUGUAUAUAAUUAUAACGAACAAAUUUAAAUGAAAAAAAGAGACGAAAAAAAGUUUUUUUGCAAAAACAAAAAUAUCUCCCAAAAAUGUCGUUUUUUUAGGAAAAACUCGUCAAAUCGAACUUCCAAAGGGAAAAAUUGAGAAAAAAAGCUCAAAGCACUUCUUUUUAAGAAAUACCACUUGAACGUUUUAAAACAAAAAAACAGAUACAUAAUAGCUUGUAGGAAUAAAGUUGUCACCCAAAAUGACAUUUUCAAGAAUAAAUUCGUCGGAUACUGCCUCGAAAAAAAAAUUUUGAGAAAAAUCUCACAGCGUUUCUCUCAAGAAAGUCCAUUCGAAAAUUCAAAAACAAAAAAACAAACGAAAUAUCUUAUGCGAAAUAAGUUGUCAUCAAAAAUGUCAUUUUAAUGCAAAUUUCUGUGACGAGAACAAUCGAAAAUCACUUCAAAUCUCUGGAAAACGCGAUAAACACGUUUUAAGAACACAUACAGCGUGAAAAAAUACGAAAGAAUGGUAAAAAACGCAAGAAAAAGAGAAAAAACCGUAUUAAAAGUGAAUGAAAUUUUGUGGGGGUGACACGCGCCGCACCGCGUUGCGUUAGAAAAAACUCGCGUUUUCGCCCCAUUGCGACGACCUUUUUUUUGGCUUGCCGCCGUCUCUUUUGGAACACUGUGAUUCGCAAAAGCGUUGAUUUUUACUUUCCAAGAUUGUGGUUUCCAAGAUUAUGGGACUUUAGAUCUGCGUACACAAGAUUACGGUCCUCGAGAUUUGCGGACUUGAGGUUUUUGUCGUAUCAUCAAAUAUUUAUCAAAAACCCCUUUCUAGAUUUGCCCAUCGAUAAAGGAUGGCGAUCUGACGACAAGAACUGAGCUCGCAUACGUUUUCUGUCCGAGAAACUCGGUGAUUCUUUCAUUUAUCACGAAUUUAACCUUUUUUGUGGUUACCAGAGAUGCUUCGUUGAAAUCAAGCCCAAAAAAGCGGAUAGAGAGAAUCAAAUCAAAAUGGUGAUCAAUGUCGGCUGCACGGCGGAUAAUGUGAAUUGAAAAACAGACCGACGUGGGAUUUUUGAAUGAGAAUGAGUUCUUCAAGCAGUUUUUCACGCAAAUUUCGGAUCUAGGCUCAAAAAUUGCCGAGGAAAUUGGGAAAGAAGUCAGGUUUUAUCAAUAUAGGCUCUUCCGCUGGUACAACUAGAGCGUGUGAGAAAUUUAAAAAACUUAUUCGUUGGUCCAAAAUUUCAGUAUCUAUCCAUGCCUACUAACAUCAUAACUAUCGUCAAAUAAGGUCUCAGAAAAUUGAUAUCUUUUUAAAAUAGGCAAGUCAAAAAAAAAAAACCGAAUAAAUCCUUAAUGCUGAAAAAUAUACCUUACAGGAUUUUGUAUGAUCUAAUUUAACCAAUUUUCUUCAAAAAACGAAAAAUCGAUACUUCUCAUCAUCUAUGCCAGUUAUAUCAGUAUCCACCCUCAGAAUAUAAGCUCAAUCGAAGACUUUUUCAAUUCUCAGCGCUGAUAGCUUCUCUCACAGUUUUUUUCGGGAGUUUUCUAGCCUAGAGUCGAAAUUCUUGUGAAAAAGUGCCCCUAAUUAAUGCCUGUCUAAUUCAAAAGUCCUACUAGGAACUCAGACACAAUUCUAGUUGAAAAACGAAAGUUUCCGACCGAAAAAAUUUCAGGUAUUCCUCGAUUUGUGCAAAAAAACUGGGGAAAAUUGUGUUCACAGUUACACGCCGAAGAGCGUCUACGCUAGCACGAUCUGUUGCGCUUCGAACCCCUCACAAGUUUUCAGGGUAUUUUCUUGUUUUUUUUAAGCCUUAAAUGACCACAAAUACCUCUUAAAACAGCUCUUCGCCUCGAUAACCUAAUAACAUCAGUCCAUGCGCCUUUAAACUCAUAUGUAUGAAGUUUUCCAAAUAAAUGGAAACAAUGUUUUCAGACCAUUGGCUAUCGAAUAAUGUACGAGUCGGAAUUUAAGCGCGUUCGAAAUAUCCUACGUGACUCUGUAAUUUUUCAAUUUUUAACUUUAUUUUUCUCUGAAUCAACUUUCAGGAAAGGCUCCACAAUUUCGAUGAUUAUAAAGAUAAUCCGGUAAUUUUUUUUCUAUUUUAUUAUGCUGAAAAUUUUUUGCUGAGCUUGUUGAAACUUAGCAUGAACUUUUGUUUAAAACUUUUGUCAAUGCGUCUUUCAACGUAACAGCAAGAAAUUUUAAAAGCUGCGAAAAAUUAUUUUCAUGAUUUCCAACCUAUUAAGAUCGACAAAGUUUGGCUAGUCGUAAUCAUCGUCUUGUCGAGCGUCGUUUUUGGCAUGUCCGUGAUGUGCUCCAUCCUCACGCUUCUUCAAUAUCGCUAUUACUGA